CGGCUGUUUGGUACGAGGGGUCUUCUCUCUCCACCUAACAAAAGACCUUAAAACAAUUGCAAAAGGGUGUGGCGCCAUUACAUUUCAGCAGAGAGAAAGCAAGGGUUUCAUGGUAUUGACCAGUUUCUAAUAAUUUCAGGUUACUGCUUGAAUUUUGAGUCCUGAAUGAAAAAACAUGUUUGCCCAGUUAAGAGGGCAUCUCAUUUGACUAGUUCCGCUGAGGUGCUUCGGGCGUUCCGGAUUCGAUAAUCAGGCAAUUGACCGAUGUCAUAUUACAGAUUUUGAUGCAUCCAUUUCUAUGGAUCUUCUUUUCUAUCAAGGCAUAUACUUCUAAUAAAGUUAAAAGUGGAAGGCUCAAAGGGAUUGUGGAAUGUUACUUGAUUCACCUAGAGGUAUAAGUAAAAGGUAUGAUGGGUUUGUCAUCUCCUGUUCCGGUCGGUGAAGGGUUCCAGUUCUGUGUUUUUGACUUAAGAAGAGGACAGCAUGAAGGGCAAGAGCUUGACAAGAUACUAUUUUUCUUUCCUAUUGAUUCCCCACUUCCAUUGCAACUCUCUGUAAUUGGGCUUAGCGAAGGACUUAUCACUUUUACAAGGAUUUUUUCUCCAGAUGCUGCUUGUGAAGUUAUAGAAGCAGAAAGACAUUCCCAUACAUUUUACCAGGCGGAGCCUGAUAUAUGGAUGAUUAUGGUGGUGGAAAAAACCAAAGACACAGAUGCUAUUGGACGGAGUGAUGCAUUGCAAGGGGUUCUCAAGGAAGUGCAUUCUCUUUUCACUAUGUUUUUCGGAUCUAUACGGGGUUUGCUUGAGAAGCAGCCCGGAGGUGGAACUGCCCGUAGUCUUUUGUACUUCUUUAUAAUGGAUUACUUGGCAGAGUUUCUUGUUGGGAAGAAACUUCAGAUGCCAUGUUCCCGUGAUUGUCUGAGGGAGCGUGGAACUGUUCAGAUGCUUACAACGGGGCGAGAGGCGGCAAUUGAAGUACAGUCACUUGUCAGACUUCUUGAAUCUUCUUGUGUUGCAAAUAUGUCUUGCCACUCCCUUGUUUUAUAUCAUGACCUGCUUGUGUCCACCACUCUUCCCCCUGGUGACACAGCCAACCUAUUCAACUAUGCACUUCUUCGGUUAACACCAAAUGCUUUAUCCUCUGUUACGAGUUCCUGGUCUUAUUUGAGAAAAAGUUCUAGUGGUGCAUCUCAAGAAUCUGUAAAUCCUAUAUUAGCAAACAUUGGAGUUCCGUCAGAAGAAGUGUCACAUUCUUCACGUGAUACUUCCCCUAAUAGACAGGGUCAGCGACAUCAUGUUGCCAGGCCUCUACAGCGUGGAAAAUGGUGGAGAGGAGAAGAUGGUUUUGCUGUCACUGAAAAUUGGGGUUCAGAAAUUGGUAACAGGAUUUUUUAUACUCCAACAGUGUGGCUUCAGCAGAUCGAGGAACACAUGCAUCUGUGUGUUUACCAGCACAAAAGUCUGACCAUAAUCCUCCUCAUAUCAACUAGCUUAUUAGUAAAUGGCGAGCAGGGUAUAUCUUUUGUGAAGCAGCUGCUUCUUGAAAAUGCAUCACUGAAGAUAUUGAAGGUUGAAGAGAAGUUAUCAAAAGAAUGGGGUGGUGAAAAUGCUUAUCAUGUUCGUGGAUAUCGAUACUUGCUGCUUGACAAUGAUAGCAUUGUAUCAAGGGCUUCUCCCCCUGGAAAAGUUACAACCUUAUCCAAAGGAUCUUUGAUGGCUAUGAGUAAGCUAAGGGAGGAGGUCGAUCAAGAGAAGAGAAAGGCAAAAAGGGAUGACCCUGAUCAUGAAAAGGACUUUGAAGUCUGCAUGAGGGCUAAAAAUAAUGCCUGGAUUGUUGCUCGUGUAAGUAGAGGAAAAGAGCUUUACAUGGUUCUCGAAAAGGCCAGUGAAACCCUACUUUUUGCAUCCGAAGCAGUAGAUAAGUUUAGCAACAGGUACUGCAAUGGUGCUUUUUCAUUGGACUAGGCCUACUUUCCUGCAUAUGAAACUCCAAAAAGUUAGAAAGUGAAGUGGUUUCUCUUCAUUAAGCAAAAUUUUCAUUGUCGAGCUUCCCUGCUAACUUCGUUUCUACACCCAGUGUAAAAUUUCAGCCAAGAUAAAAACGGCCAUGAGAGAAAAGUUAUGGUUGUUCAAUAAUAGUUCAGUGUUGUAAAUUUAUAGGGAGUUUCAAGUAGAUUAAAUGGCUUAUUAUGGAUUCAUAGGAGUCUUUCUCAUGGUAUGACAUUCCAAGUUGAGGCUUAAA